UGCAGAAUAGAUGAAUGGUUCCAGGGUUAAGGGAGUGGGUAUUGGGUAGAGAAGGAAGUGGGUUUGAUUUUGUAAGGGCAAAAAGGGGUUCUUGUGGUAAUAGAAUUGUCUUGAUGGAAUUAUCCUGACACAUUUAUUCUUUUUAAAAAUCUUUUUUAAAAAGCCCCCCCAAAAUUAUUCUAAAAAUCCUCAUCUCCCCCACCAGAGACUUUUUUUCUUUCUUCUUAUAAGGUAACCCAGUGAAGCAGCCAAGACAGGGACCAAUCCGCCCAUGGCCCCAUAGCAGCUGCAAGAAGGAACCAAGAGACCGAGGGCUUCUGGCAAACGGGACUGGACUCCGCCACCCUCACUCCCCAGCUGGAGGUCACUGGCCAGUGGUUCUAUGACUCUGUGACCGUUGAGUAGCGUUCGACUAUGACACAUUUUUGUCCCUCUGCGCUUGCCCUCAUUGCCCUCCUGCUCUGGCUCUGGCCCUCAGCCCUAUCUCUCGCUCUGCUCUCCUCCUCUAACGGAAAGAUCAAGCCCCAUGGCCCUGUCAAAUCCUGUCGAGAUGGACACCUGCACAUCCAGCUACCCCUCGACCUCGCUGUACGUAGGAGACCUACACCCGGAGGUGACCGAGGCAGUGCUCUACAGCAAGUUUAGCCCAGCCGGGCCCAUCCUCUCCAUCCGGGUCUGCAGGGAUGCCAUCACCGGCCACUCCUUGGGCUACGGGUAUGUGAACUUUUGUCGACCAGAGGACGCGAAGUGUGCUCUGAACACAAUGAAUUUUGAUAUUAUAAAUGGCAACCCAAUUCGCAUCAUGUGGUGUCAACGUGACCCAUCACUUCGCAAGAGUGGUGUGGGCAACAUAUUCGUUAAUCAUUUAGACAAAUCCAUUGAUCAUAAAGUACUGUACGAUAUGUUUUCUGAUUUUGGUAACAUCCUUUCGUGUAAGGUGAUUUGUGAUGAAAAUGGUUCCAAGGGUCAUGGAUUUGUACAUUUUGAGACACAGGAAGCAGCUCAAAAAGCUAUUGAAAACAUGAAUGGCAAGCUUAUACAUAAUCGCAAAAUAUAUGUGGGGCGAUAUAAGUCUCCUAACCAACGAGAGGUAGAGCGCAGAGAUAGGGCCAAAGAGUUCACCAACGUUUACAUCAAAAAUUUUGGGGAGAGUGUAAAUGAUGAGCGCCUUGAGGAUCUCUUUGGCAAAUUUGGACCUAUCUUAAGUGUCAAAGUAAUGACUGAUGAAAGUGGGAAAUCCAAAGGUUUUGGAUUUGUAAGGUUCCAAUGCCAUGAAGAUGCACAGAAAGCUGUGGAAGAGAUGGAUGGGAAAGAGCUUGAUAAUACAACAAUUUAUGUUUCUCGAGCUCAGAGAAAAAAGGAAAGGCAGAAAGAACUUCAACAGAAAUUAGAUGAGAUUAAGCAAAAUAGGCACAACCAAGACCACAGUGUUAACCUUUAUGUGAAAAAUCUUGCUGAUGAUAUUGAUGAUGAACGUCUCUUUAAAGAGUUCUCUUCAUUUGGUACAGUCACUAGAGCAAAGGUUAUGAUGAAGGACGGUCAACCGAAAGGUUUUGGUUUUGUAUGUUUCUCUUCCCGGGAAGAAGCCACUAAAGCAGUAGCAGAAAUGAAUGGUAAAUUUUUGUCUACCAAGCCAUUGUAUGUAUCUUUUGCUCAGUACAGAGAAGAACGCCAAGCUCACCUCGCUACCUACUACAUGCAGAGAAUGCCAGCUGUGACAGCUAUGCCCAACCCAGAAAUCAACCCCUACCAGGCAGCACCUCCAGGUUCCUUGAUGCCAGCUGUCCCGCAGGCUGCAGACUGGGCUGCAUACUCUCCUGUUGGCCAACCUACUCAACUAACACCAAGUCUUCACUGUGUCGAUCAGGGUGCCAGACCUCAUCCAUUCCAAAAUAUGCCCAAUGCUAUUGGCCCAGCCACUCCUAAUCCACCAUUCAGUACCAUGAGACCAGCUUCUUCACAGCUUCCACAAGUCAUCUCAACGGAGCCACAGUGUGUUGCUAACACAGCAACAGCGACAGUAGGUCCACCUCCUGCAACUGCUGCCACUUCAGCUACUACUGCUGUCCGCACCAUUCUACGGUAUGAAUAUACUGAAGGAGUCUGCAAUCCUCGACAACUUAAUACACAGCCACAAGCUACCAUUAAGCCGCCUGCUGUUCGUGUACAAAACGAGACAUCUUUAAUUGCUUCCAGGCUGGCAUCUGCCCCUCCUCAACAGCAAAAGCAAAUUUUGGGCAAAUGGCUAUUUCCUCUAAUUCAAGCCAUGCAACCUACUCUUGCUAAUAAAAUUACUGGCAUGGUCUUGGAGAUGGAUAAUUCAGAACUUCUUCACAUGCUGGAGUCUCCAGAGUCUCUCCGUUCUAAAGUUGAUGAAGCUGUAGCUGUACUAGAAGCCUGCCAGGCUCAAGGGGAUCAGAAAGCCAUUAACAAUGCCACAAUGGUUCCAAUUUUAAAAUUGACUGUUGACUAUUGAAACACAGAAACUCGUGUUUCACUGGAAAAAAAUAUCUAAACAUUGAAAAAUGUAAAUAUUAUAGGAAAAAAAUUGCAAAACAUAAAAUACAUUUUAAAAGGAACUUUGAACAUUAUGUACUGAGAAAAUGCCA